AUGCCUAGAGUGGAAUCAGAGACUUACAAACGUCUACAAAAUGAUCCUUCCUGUAUAAGAAAUAUCUGCAUUGUUGCCCAUGUUGAUCACGGUAAAACUUCUCUUUCAGAUUCUCUUUUGGCUUCGAAUGGUAUUAUAUCACAGAGACUGGCUGGUAAGAUUCGAUUUUUAGAUGCCAGGCCUGACGAACAACUACGUGGUAUCACAAUGGAAUCAUCGGCUAUUUCUUUAUAUUUUAGGGUAUUGCACAAACAGGAAGGUUCUGAUGAGCCUCUUGUAAGCGAGCAUCUGGUAAACUUAAUUGAUUCCCCAGGUCACAUUGACUUUUCAAGUGAAGUUAGUGCGGCUUCAAGAUUAUGUGAUGGGGCUGUUGUACUGGUUGAUGUCGUAGAAGGGGUAUGCUCGCAAACAAUCACCGUAUUGAGACAAUGUUGGACCGAGAAGCUGAAACCCAUCCUAGUAUUGAAUAAGAUUGAUAGAUUAGUAACAGAGCUACAACUUACUCCUCAAGAAGCUUAUAUUCAUUUGUCGAAAGUCAUUGAACAAGUCAACUCAGUUAUCGGGUCCUUUUUCGCAAAUGAGAGACAAUUGGAUGAUUUAUUCUGGAGGGAGCAAUUAGAAAAGAACGAAAACGCAGAAUACAUUGAAAAGGAUGAUUCAGGUAUAUACUUUAAUCCUACUGAUAACAAUGUUAUUUUUGCCUCCGCUAUUGAUGGUUGGGGUUUCAACAUCGGUCAAUUGGCGAAGUUUUACGAACAGAAAUUAGGUGCUAAAAGGGAAAACCUACAGAAAGUUUUGUGGGGUGAUUUCUAUAUGGAUCCAAAAACAAAGAAAAUCAUUAACAAUAAAGGCCUUAAGGGAAGGUCCCUGAAGCCUCUUUUUACGUCACUAAUUCUCGAGAAUAUAUGGAAAAUUUAUCAAAACAUAAUUAUGUCAAGAGAUUCUGAAAUGGUCGAAAGAAUAGCAAAAACAUUGAAUAUCAAGCUUCUUCCACGUGACCUAAGGUCGAAGGACGAUAAGCAAUUGCUGAGAACUAUCAUGGGUCAAUGGCUACCCGUCAGCACAGCAGUCUUGCUAACGGUUAUCGAAAAAUUACCUUCACCUUUGGAAUCACAAACUGAUCGUUUGGAUACCAUUUUAGUCUCUGAAGCGGACAUGGUAGCCAUGGAUCCGAAACUUUUGAAGGCAAUGAAGACAUGUGAUAGAGAAGGACCAGUCAGUGCAUACAUAUCUAAGAUGCUUUCAAUUCCUAGGGAAGAAUUACCUGUUGAAUCUAAGAGGUUAGCAUCUUCGGAUGAGCUGAUGGAAAGAAGUAGAAGGGCACGUGAGGAGGCACUUAAUGCUGCAAAACAUGCUGGUAUCGUAGAAAAUAUGGCAAUGAUGGAUUUGAAUGAUAAUUCCAAAAAUACAUCUGACUUGUACAAAAGGGCAAAGGAUACUGUUAUGACCCCAGAAGUUGGAGAGCAGGCAAAGCCAAAACCCUCAACAAAUAAUGAUGUUUUCUGUGUUGUUUCGGAGCCUUCUCCAGCCUUGGAUUUAGGAUUUGAGUAUGAGGAAGAUGAUGAUGCAGAUACUCAAGAUAGCUUCGGCUUAGAUUUUGCACCAACCGACAUAGAUCCAAAUGACCCCCUAAGUUCCAUGUUUGAAUACGAGGAAGAAGAUCCUUUUUUGAACAACAUUCAGCAAACGUCAGAGGAUAUGAACGACGAAGCAGAUGAUAUUUUUGACGAAAAGGAAGAAUGCUUGGUAGCGUUCGCAAGAAUAUACAGUGGAACAUUAAGAGUUGGUCAGGAAAUUUCGGUAUUGGGUCCAAAGUACGAUCCAAAACAUCCGGAGGAACAUAUCGAAACCGCACUUAUUACACAUUUAUAUUUGUUUAUGGGUAAGGAGCUGGUUCCUUUAGACGUUUGUCCAUCAGGAAAUAUUGUCGGUAUUCGUGGUUUAGCAGGUAAAGUCUUAAAGAGUGGUACUUUGAUAGAAAAGGGCGUUCAAGGUGUCAACCUAGCCGGCGUUAACUUCAACUUCACUCCAAUCGUCCGUGUUGCUGUAGAACCAGCCAAUCCUGUGGAAAUGAACAAGUUGGUACGAGGAUUAAAGUUGUUGGAUCAAGCAGAUCCUUGCGUGCACACUUACGUCGAAAAUACUGGUGAACACAUUUUGUGUACGGCAGGUGAAUUACAUUUAGAAAGGUGUCUGAAAGAUUUAACAGAGAGAUUUGCGGGAAUUGAAAUUACGCAUUCUGAACCAGCUAUUCCAUAUAGAGAAACGUUUUUAUCAGUCUCAGAUAUGAACCCAGCACAAAAUUCACAGCUAGGAAGGGGUGUUCAUGAACUACUAUUGAGUCAGUAUAAGAUUAUAUUUAGAGCAGUACCAUUAAAUGGUAAGGUUACGGGCUUUUUAUCCCAACAUCAAAAUAGCAUUAAAAACAUUUUGAGGACGUCCACUUCAAAUAUGGACCCCAUUAUAGAAACAACUGGAAAUUCUCUUUUGGACAAAAAAUCAUUCCUGGUUGCUUUUGAAGAGGCCAUAAAUCAGGACGAAAAGAGUAAAGAGCUAUUAAGCGGGUUUGAAUUAAAGUUAGCAGGUUUUGGGCCAAGUAGAGUUGGGUGUAACAUUCUGCUGUCGGAAAAUAAUCUUCUUGGAAGCUUGUUUGAAGGUACUCCAGCAGCCUUCGAAUAUUCAGAUUCCGUUAAAAACGGCUUCCAACUGGCUGUCAGCGAAGGACCUCUAGCAAAUGAGCCUGUUCAGGGAAUGUGUGUUAUUGUUGAGAGCGUGCAUAAAAUGUCACAGAAUGAAAUUGAAUCUAUUGAGGAUCCGCAUUAUCAACAACAUAUUGUGGACUUAUCAGGUAGGUUGAUAACUUCUACAAGGGAUGCCAUACAUGAAGCCUUCCUAGACUGGUCUCCAAGAAUUAUGUGGGCUAUCUACUCAUGUGAUAUUCAGACCUCUGUCGAUGUGCUGGGAAAAGUGUAUGCCGUCAUUCUUCAGAGACAUGGUAAAAUCAUAUCCGAAGAAAUGAAAGAAGGUACACCAUUCUUUCAAAUUGAGGCACACGUGCCUGUCGUGGAAGCAUUUGGUUUAAGUGAGGAUAUUCGUAAAAGAACAUCUGGUGCAGCACAACCUCAAUUGGUGUUUUCUGGAUUCGAAUGCAUCGAUUUAGAUCCAUUUUGGGUCCCAACCACUGAAGAGGAAUUGGAGGAACUAGGUGAUACGGCAGAUAGAGAGAACAUUGCUCGUAAGCAUAUGAAUGCCAUCAGAAGAAGAAAAGGUCUAUUCAUUGAAGAAAAAGUUGUUGAAAAUGCUGAAAAACAACGUACCUUGAAAAAGAAUUAA